UUCGCUUCUUUUCUGCACAAAAUGCGCAUCCACAAUGGAAAUAAAUAAAUACAACUCCAUGUCCUGCUAGAUAUUAUGCCUACAGCGUUUAUCCAAUCAUUCUGAUUCGCGGUUUCAACGAGGUUAUCACUGCACAGAGUGGUCAACGAGAAUUCUAUCAUGGUCCUAACAUUAUACAAAAUGGACGCCAGUCCCCCUGUGCGGGCGGUAUACAUGGUUAUCGAAGGCCUUAAAAUUCCUAAUGUGAAAUAUGUUGAAACUGACCUAUUGGCCGACGAGCAUCUAAAGGAUGAGUUUCUAAAGAUGAAUCCACAGCACACGAUACCACUCCUGACGGAUGGAAACUUUCAAAUUUGGGAUAGUCAUGCAAUAAUAACGUAUUUGAUGAAUAAAUACGGCAAAAACUCUUCAUUGUAUCCAACUGACCCAGAAAAGAGGGCUCUUGUGGACUUAAAACUGCAUUUCGACAGCGGCAUCCUAUAUCCGGCUUUGAGAGAAAACGAUGAGCCUAUAUUCUUCGGGACCGCCACAUCUCUAAAGCCUGAAGGUGUUGCUAAGAUCAAAUCGGCUUAUGAUUUCACGGAGAAGUUUUUGACUGGAGUUCAUUGGCUGACUGGAAAUGAAUUGACAAUCGCAGACAUGAGUUGUGUAGCAACUGUCAGCACUCUUAAUGAACUGGUACCAAUUGAUGAAAAAUUAUAUCCAAACAUAACCGCUUGGAUAAAACGUUGUUCAGAAUUCGAUUUUUACAAGAAAGGGAACCAGCCAGGCCUUUUGGAGUUCCGCAGACUGCUGAAAGAAUAUCUGCACUUUAUGAAUGCCGGAAGACGCUGGACGCAGGUCGCCUCCAACAGCCGUAUCUACUACAUAUAUAUACACACGGUUGGCUCGAUAACGGUCACAAUACGUCUUAUACAAAACGGCUGCAGCGGCCAGUGGCACUUCGGUCCACAACUUGAAGCGGUUCGAUCGUCUCUGCGAAUAAGCGAGCUCGGAUUUUCAUUUGAACAAAAUCUAAAAGAUAUAACAAUGGGUUUGACAGUAUACAAAAUCGACUCUAGUUCCCCUGUAAGGUCAGUGUUUAUGACCAUUGAAGCCUUAAAUAUCCCAGAUGUUGACUAUGUGAAUGUCAACUUGUUGGAAGGAGAACAGCACAAAGAAGAAUUUACGAAGUUGAAUCCUCAACACACGGUUCCGCUUUUAAAAGAUGAUGACUUUUGCGUUUGGGACAGUCACGCCAUUGCUGUAUAUUUGGUGACCAAAUAUGGAGCCGACGAUUCUCUUUACCCAGCUGAUCCGAAAAAGAGGGCCGUCAUUGAUCAACGUCUCCACUUUGAUAGUGGGAUUCUGUUUCCAGCUUUACUGGAGGCUGUCCUACCAGUGUUCUACAAAGGAGAGAAAUCGUUCAGACCCGAACACCUGGAGAGGAUCACGAAGGGUUACGAAUUCGCUGAGAAGUUCUUGGCUUCAUCACAAUGGCUUGCUGGUGACCAGAUAACGUUGGCAGAUAUUUGCUGCGUGUCUUCCAUCAGCACCAUGGACGAAAUUAUCCCCAUAGACAAGGAUUUAUACCCCAACCUCGCGGGCUGGUUAAAACGAUGCGGGGAACAAGAGUUCUAUAAGAAGGGCAAUGAACCCGGCUUGGGACAAUUCCGGGAUCUCAAGAAAUUGAAAUUGGCCUAAGGCUCAAGAUCUGCUCAGCAGUUUGUUCAUGCCUUUGAAUACUGCUUUUACUAAUAUUUCGCGUUGCAUUUAUUAAAGUAAUACCUAUAUGACUAAAUUGAUUAAAAAUAUUUCUAAGACAUCUUUAUCAUUAACAUUAAACGAUUAUAUAAA